AUGCAAGACGGUACAGGACUUGGCCUUUCAAUUUGUAAAAGUCUAGUAGAAAUUAAUGGAGGAGAAAUUAAAGCAGAAAGUCAAUUAGGAAAAGGAAGUAAAUUUUGGUUUACAUGGAAUGUUGAAUUAUUAUCAAUAGCUUCUUCAGUAUCAAAUCCUACUCAAUUUGAUCAAAUAAGUUAUGUAUUACCUAAUGUUAUAAAACAAAAACGAAUAUUAAUAAUUCAUCCACUUGAAGAUGCAAGAAAUUCAUUGUUGAAUUAUCUUAAAGUAAUUGAAAAAGUUGAUGCUUUUGAUACUUUUGACAAAGGUAUUAAUGCAGCAAAAAGUUAUAGAGAAUUGAAUAAUCAAUCUGCUUAUGAUAUAGUAUUUAUUGGACUUUAUGAAAAUAAUGAAGAAGAGGUCACGAAAGCAACAUUAGAAUUAAGAGAAUUAGAAAUAGAUAAUAAUAAUUUAGUAAUAAUCUUUAUAGUAUUUCCAAAUAAUGAAGAAAAUGAAUUAGCAGAAAAAUUAAUUGGAAAAAUUGGUGGAACAGCUACGGUUCUCCAUACUCCAAUUAUAUGGGAAAAGUUGAUUAAUUUAUUUAUAAAUAUGGAAGGCAACUAUUCUGCUAUUGAUAAAAAUAAUAAGAGUAUGCAUGUUAAUGAAAAUAUUAUGAAGAGAGUAGCAGAUUGUAAGUUUUAUAAGCCUGAAGAUGCAGAUCAAGAUCUAUCUAAAGGCAUGACGAAAAGUGAUUCUAUGAUGAGCAAGUGCAUUUUAUGUGUGGAUGAUAAUCCAAUUAGUCUAGAGUACACAUUGCAACAAGUUUCAAAACUUGGUUAUUCAACAAUUUCUGCAACCAAUGGUUUAGAAGCAGUCAAAUUGAUUGGUUCGAAAUCUAACUUAUUAAAUGAUAAAUACUCCUCAAGUUCAUUAUAUUCAAAUAUAGAUCAGAUAAAGUCUCAUAAAAUUUCAUUGAUUUUGAUAGAAUAUAAUUUACCAAUGUUGUCAGGCGUUGAUGUCUCACAAGCAAUUAGGGCAUUGAAUCCACCAAUUUCAAAUAUACCAAUCAUUGUUUUAACAGCUUUACCAGCGGACGAGAUACAAAAUAAAUGUAUCGAAUCAGGAAUAAAUGAUUAUCUUGCAAAACCUUUGAAAAUCGAAGAACUUGAAAAUGUUCUAACUAAAUGGAUUGAUAAAAAUUAA